UCAUUUUUCUUAUUCAUCAUUUUUGUGGUCUACACUAUGCUGCCCUUCAACAUGCAAGAUGCUAUAAUUGCCAGCAUUCUUACUUCUGCAUCACAUACAAUUGUGCUGAGUGUCUGUCUGUCAUCAACAGACAUAAUCAAGGAGCAUUUGGUCUGGCAGAUUCUGGCAAACGUUAUCAUUUUCAUCUGUGGGAACCUUUCAGGAGCCUAUCACAAGCAGCUGAUGGAGCUUGCUCUGCAGCAGACGUAUCAAGAUACCUGCAACUGUAUCAAGUCACGCAUUAAACUGGAGUUUGAGAAACGGCAGCAGGAGCGUCUCCUGCUUUCUCUGCUUCCUGCUCACAUAGCCAUGGAGAUGAAAGCUGAGAUUAUUCAGAGGUUGCAAGGACCCAGAGCAGGCCAGUUGGAAAACACAAACAACUUCCAUAAUUUGUAUGUCAGAAGGCACACCAACGUAAGCAUUUUAUACGCUGAUAUUGUCGGAUUCACUCGCUUGGCUAGUGAUUGUUCCCCUGGAGAACUGGUUCACAUGCUGAAUGAGCUCUUUGGAAAAUUUGAUCAGAUUGCAAAAGAGAAUGAAUGCAUGAGAAUUAAAAUUUUAGGUGAUUGCUACUACUGUGUGUCUGGUCUCCCUAUUUCUCUUCAAAAUCAUGCCAGGAAUUGUGUGAAAAUGGGACUGGACAUGUGUGAAGCCAUAAAGAAAGUCAGAGAUGCAACUGGAGUUGAUAUUAACAUGCGAGUAGGAGUACACUCUGGAAAUGUCCUCUGUGGUGUGAUUGGACUACAGAAAUGGCAAUAUGAUGUAUGGUCACAUGAUGUUACAUUGGCCAAUCACAUGGAAGCUGGAGGAGUUCCUGGCCGUGUUCACAUUACUUCAGUCACCUUGGCACACUUGAAUGGAGCUUACAAAGUAGAAGAUGGAGAUGGAGAUGCAAGGGACCCAUAUCUUAAGGAACAUAAUGUGAAAACUUACUUUAUAAUCAACCCCAAGGAAGAAAAGCGAAGUCCACAGCAUUACUUCCGACCUCGAAAUACACUAGAUGGAGCUAAAAUGAGAGCAUCUGUUCGUAUGACGAGGUACUUGGAAUCAUGGGGAGCCGCAAAGCCAUUUGCUCACUUACAUCAUCGAGACAGCAUGAUUACUGAAAAUGGCAAAAUUAGCACCAUGGACAUGCCAAUGGGUCAGUAUAAUUUUCAACGCUGUAGAGAAAGAACAAAGUCUCAGAAGAAGAAAUUUGAAGAGGAAUUGAAUGAAAGGAUGAUUCGAGCAAUUGAUGGAAUAAAUGCUCAGAAGCAGUGGCUUAAAUCUGAGGAUAUUCACAGAAUAUCAUUGCUGUUCUAUGACAAGACCCUGGAAAAGGAAUAUAGAGCAACCACACUGCCUACGUUCAAGUACUAUGUGACUUGUGCAUGUCUUAUAUUUUUCUGCAUUUUCCUUGUGCAGAUUCUAGUACUACCCAAAAAGCCUAUACUUGGAAUCUCCUUUGGAGCUGCCUUUCUCGUGCUGUCCUUCAUUCUGUUUAUCUGCUUUGCUGGACAGCUUUUGCAAUGCAAUAAGGAGAUCUCAGCAUCACUAAUGUGGGUUUUGAAGUCCUCUGGAGUAAUUGCAAACCGACCAUGGCCACGGAUUGUGUUCACUUUGAUAACAACUGCAAUAACGCUAACAAUGGCUGUGUUCAAUAUGUUUUUCUUGGAUGAUGAUGUGGUUCCAUUCCCCCCCAUUCCUAAUGCAUCAAACGCAAGUGUUCCUGAUGCAAGUGAUCAGACACAGUGGUAUAUUCAAAGCAAUUAUUUUUUUCUACCAUACUUUAUCUACUGCUGCAUCCUGGGCUUGAUUUCCUGUUCUGUUUUCCUCCGGAUAAAUCAUGAGCUGAAAAUGGCAAUCAUGCUUACUGCUCUGGUUAUCUACAAUGUCAUUCUUCUGCAUACACAUGGCUCUGUGCUAGACAAUUAUAGCAAGUUCCUAUACACAGUGACGCCUCUAAAAAGACCAGGGAUCCUGAAAGACUUGAAGACGAUGGGCUCUGUAUCUCUCUUUAUCUUCUUCAUCACACUGCUGGUGCUUAGCAGACAGAAUGAAUAUUACUGUAGGUUAGAUUUCCUGUGGAAGAACAAGUUCAAAAAAGAGCGUGAAGAGAUUGAGACCAUGGAGAAUUUGAAUCGCCUCCUUCUGGAAAAUGUGCUGCCUGCUCACGUGGCGGAGCAUUUCUUGGCAAGGAACUUGAAGAACGAGGAUUUAUACCAUCAAUCAUAUGACUGUGUCUGCGUCAUGUUUGCCUCCAUUCCAGAUUUCAAAGAAUUUUAUACAGAAUCUGAUGUCAACAAAGAAGGCUUAGAAUGUCUCAGGCUUCUAAAUGAAAUCAUUGCUGACUUUGAUGAUCUGUUGUCAAAGCCCAAAUUUAGUGGCGUUGAAAAGAUCAAGACCAUUGGAAGCACUUACAUGGCAGCCACAGGAUUAAGUGCAACACCCAGUCAAGAACACAGUCAGGAGACUGAGCGACAGUACAUGCAUAUCGGAACCAUGGUGGAGUUUGCAUUUGCCCUUGGAGCAAAACUGGAUGUUAUAAAUAAGCAUUCUUUCAAUGACUUCAAGCUGCGAGUCGGUAUUAAUCAUGGACCUGUAAUUGCUGGUGUCAUUGGAGCUCAGAAACCACAGUAUGACAUCUGGGGCAACACUGUAAAUGUAGCCAGUCGGAUGGACAGCACUGGUGUGUUAGAUAAAAUACAGGUCACAGAAGAGACCAGUAACGUCUUACAAACUCUGGGUUACAUUUGCACCUGCCGGGGCAUCAUUAACGUCAAAGGAAAAGGAGAGCUUCAGACCUAUUUUGUACAUACUGAAACGACAAAGUCCCUUUCACAAGGGAAUGUGGCAUCCUGAAAUAUGCUCUUUGCAGUAGGCAGUCCCGCCUUUUUAGAGAAAAAAGCAUCACACGUUUUUUCUUAACUCUUUUUUGAGCCAUACCAUGAACAUGUGUGUCAUUUUCUGGUACAUAGACAUGUUGCUGUAGUCAUGUCUACAGUGUAGUCGCACCAUCCAACAUCAAGAAACCUCAGUAGUCUUAAGGUUCUAAGACGGCGGUGAAGUACAUGCUGUGGGUUGAGGAGACAAAGAGCAAUUUUCAUAUGGGAAAAGAGAGAGAGAGAGAGGAUACUUCCAUGCAGUUUGAGAACCUAAAAGGUCUGAGAUUCAGGGCGCAAGCUGAGGAGGUGGAGAGUGAAAACAAAAAUAUACAAAAUGUAUGGCAAUAAAACUAGAGCUGCAUGGAAAAUUGUGGAAAGUAUGCUAGCUCCCCAACAACAUCCACUAGUCCUCCGUUUGUAAUAUCUAAUCCCAUCCCUUCAUCUACAACCACCAAGGUGUGUUUCAGUGGCCAGCAACACAAAAUGGAAACCCCGGCUGACUUCUUUUUCAAAGGAAUUUGUAGCUGAGCAGGACCAGUUUUGUAUAAAAUGUGUCUAAUGUUUUGAUGCCAUUGUCUUUUGUAAUAUUAAUUCAUUAAAAGUUUAUAUGUA